CCGACACACAAAAGAUGGCUGCUGACGACGCUCAACACCCGAUCGCUACGCCACCUCCUCUGCUUAUUCCAUGAGAUUUCGAACAGUGAUUCUCAUCACAGCGUCCGUAACUAUUUCUACAGGAUGGAAGAUUUAUUUUUUUCGAAGGUCCACGGGUCCACGUACGGGUUCUCAGUCACGAAGUUUCAAAUAUGAGUAAUUGAAUAGAAAAAUGAGUGUGACAACGGAUAUUACGAUGGAUCGUCAAGCGCAGUUACAAGAACUUGAUCUUUUCAUCGAAAAUUCAAAAAAAAACUUAACCUCGAUAUUGACUAGGUUAGGAUGGUCGCUCGAAAGCAUAACCAAAGACGUUCAAAAUUAUAUCGUUUGCCCUUUCGACAAAUCACAUCGCGUGCCUGAACGAUCGUUGGAUAAACAUUUAGACGAGUGCCAAUGGAAAGCUGAAGGUUAUGGAAAACAGGAUUUACCUCUUUCUUUUCCUUCGUUACCACCGGGUGCUUCUUCUUCCAUAAAAUUUGACGAACAGCUCCAAGACCAAGUGAUACAAAGUGCGAAAGAGAAAAAUCCAGCCAUGUCCAUAGGUGCGAGUGGCCGCUUGAUACCCCGCACAUCGGAUCGGCUCGUCGCCGAUUUCACGAGGGAAGAAAGAUGCGCCAUGUACGAAUAUGUGAUCGCGAAUACGGUCGAACCUGACAUUGGCGAUGACAUUGCUGAUAUAAAUAAACCAAAAUCUUCGAGCAUAGGACAGAAGUCAUCGUACUUGGAACUGCUGGCGCAAGAGCGUAAUUUGAAGAGGCGUAGAGCAAAAUACCGGGGCGUGCACACGAAUAAAAAAUCGCAAAUAGAAAUUCUGCGAGAAGUUGUGAACCAACAGAUGGAAAUGUUGGCCGAAUACGUGUCGGAAAAGUGUAAAGAAGUUUCAGAAAAACCGAGAAUCGAUGAAUUUCGAAGUGAUCCGUUGCCAGAGAAGAACUGUUCGAUCGGAAACGGUCGUUUUUCGAAAAAAUCCGAAAGCUCGAACUCUCGUCAUCGAUCUUCGGACGAUCGUCGAGAUUCUUACGUGAAAAAGGAGUCUCCUGAUGAUUUGAAAAAAUAUUCAAAAGAUGAAGCACGAAAUGGAAGAAGAGAUCGCCAGGAAUCUGGGGAUCGAAGACCCCACAAAUCUAGCCACAAUAACAAAUAUAAACAUAAAUCUAAAGAUCGUCACAGGAGCAAAUCACGUGAAAAAAAGAAACGACGAUCGUCGACGGAUCGGCGAGAGAAUCGACACGAAAAUCGAGAAAAACGAAACGUUGAUCGGCGAUCCGAAUGGCCGCGUGAUCAUCGAAGAUCCCGAAAACGAAGUCGUAGUUGAUAACAUUCGGUAACGUAGAAAUUUAUUAGUUAAGAAAUAAUCAAAGUUUUACGUUGAAAAAAUAGAUCAAUAAAUGGAAUGAAAAUCAAUGAAAA